CCUCCCCUUCCAAGAGAAGUAGGCCCUGGCAGGCCUGAAGCCUGCUGGCCUGCCUCGGGCCUCUGGGGACUUUGACUGUGGUGGGCGGUCGCGGGCCAGCCCCGCCCCACCUGACCUUCCCUAGGAGACCUGCCAUCCGGGGGCUUGUCCUCAAAGUGUCACAAGUCUGACAGACUGGAGACAGGAGGAAGUGGGUGACAACCAGAAUAUUCUUCCUGAAGGUCUGGUCUGGAUCCCUGGACAGCUGUGCCACUGGAUUGGCCCCGCCCCCAUCGCCCUUUUCCUGUGACUUCCCCCACUCCUCCAGGGAGAUGCUGUCCCGCGGGUGGUUUCAUCGGGACCUCAGUGGACCUGAUGCAGAGACCCUGCUCAAGGGCCGGGGAGUCCCUGGGAGCUUCCUGGCUCGGCCCAGUCGCAAGAACCAGGGUGAUUUCUCCCUCUCAGUCAGGGUGGAUGACCAGGUGACCCAUAUUCGGAUCCAGAACUCGGGGGACUUCUAUGACCUGUACGGAGGGGAAAAGUUUGCGACGUUGACAGAGCUGGUGGAGUAUUACACACAGCAGCAGGGCAUCCUCCAGGACCGGGACGGCACCAUCAUCCACCUCAAGUACCCACUGAACUGCUCGGACCCCACCAGCGAGAGGUGGUACCAUGGCCACAUGUCUGGAGGGCAGGCAGAGACGCUGCUGCAGGCCAAAGGCGAGCCCUGGACAUUUCUUGUGCGUGAGAGUCUCAGCCAGCCUGGUGAUUUCGUGCUGUCCGUGCUCAACGACCAGCCCAAAGCUGGCCCUGGUUCCCCCCUCAAGGUCACUCACAUCAAGGUUAUGUGUGAGGGUGGACGCUAUACUGUGGGUGGCUCAGAGACCUUUGACAGCCUCACAGACCUGGUGGAGCAUUUCAGGAAGACGGGCAUUGAGGAGGCCUCAGGUGCCUUUGUCUACCUGCGGCAGCCUUACUACGCCACUCGGGUAAACGCGGCCGACAUCGAGAACCGGGUCUUGGAACUGAACAAAAAGCAGGAGUCCGAGGACACAGCCAAGGCUGGCUUCUGGGAGGAGUUUGAGAGUCUGCAAAAGCAGGAGGUAAAAAACUUGCACCAGCGCCUGGAAGGGCAGCGGCCUGAGAACAAGAGCAAGAACCGCUACAAGAACAUUCUUCCCUUUGACCACAGCCGAGUGAUCCUGCAGGGACGAGACAGUAGUAUCCCUGGGUCCGACUACAUCAACGCUAACUAUGUCAAGAACCAACUGCUAGGUCCAGAGGAGAACGCUAAGACCUACAUUGCCAGCCAGGGCUGUCUGGAGGCCACAGUCAAUGACUUCUGGCAGAUGACCUGGCAGGAAAACACCCGAAUCAUCGUCAUGACCACCCGUGAGGUGGAGAAAGGCCGGAACAAAUGUGUUCCUUACUGGCCGGAGGUGGGCACUCAGCGAGUCUACGGGCUCUACUCUGUGACCAACUGUGCAGAGUACGAUACAGCAGAAUACAAACUUCGCACUUUACAGAUCUCCCCGCUGGACAAUGGGGACCUGGUUCGGGAGAUAUGGCACUACCAGUACCUGAGCUGGCCUGACCAUGGGGUUCCCAGUGAGCCCGGGGGUGUCCUCAGCUUCCUGGACCAGAUCAACCAGCGACAGGAACGUUUGCCUCAUGCAGGGCCCAUCAUUGUGCAUUGCAGUGCCGGCAUCGGCCGAACAGGAACGAUCAUCGUUAUUGACAUGCUCAUGGAGAGCAUCUCCACUAAGGGACUAGACUGUGACAUUGACAUUCAGAAGACCAUCCAGAUGGUACGGGCACAGCGCUCUGGCAUGGUGCAGACGGAGGCGCAGUACAAGUUCAUUUACGUGGCCAUUGCCCAGUUCAUUGAGACAACCAAGAAGAAGCUGGAGAUCAUACAAUCCCGGAAGGGUCAGGAGUCGGAGUAUGGGAAUAUCACCUACCCUCCCGCUAUGAGGAGUGCCCAUGCCAAGGCCUCCCGUACCUCCUCCAAACACAAGGAGGAGGUGUAUGAGAACGUGCAUAGCAAGAACAAGAAGGAAGAGAAAGUGAAGAAGCAGCGGUCAGCAGACAAGGAGAAGAGCAAAGGUUCCCUCAAGAGGAAGUGAACUGGGCACUCAUCUGCAGGUGGCCAUGCAUCAGCCUUAAUCCCUGCAGAGGCCUCCACUGGACAGAUCAAGACCUGUGGCCCACACCAGACCCUGGGACCACCCCCAUCAUUUUGUAAUUUAAAUGGCUAUGAUCCUCUGAACCUGUAUAUAACCCAGCAAGCCCCCAGGCAAAGCCAGAUUUCUAUUCUUGUAAAUAAAGCCCCUGGACCUCUGU